GAGCGCGCCAGAAACGUAGCCAAUCAUAUUUGGCCAUCUGUCUUUUACGUUCCCAAUUUUCCAGCAUGUUUGAUUUUCAACGAGAAAAUUCUGCCGUUGCCAUAUAGGACACGGUACUAGAAUUUUCUCUACGUUUCUUUUACUAGUUUCUGCUGGUUGUCUGCUUGCAGCUACCGUGCCCUGCAAGCCACUCGGAAAUGUAAAGAAUGCUGUGGCCAUAUUUCACACACAGGACAAUGUAUUCACAGAAAGAUGACCAUGUGGAGUCUGAAGACAAGCCGACAUCGAAAAGAUGGAAGUGCCUGUGCGGGAAGUCACGCUGGAGAUGACGGACGACACUUGGUACAGAGACGACAGCAGCUACGGCGUCCCACUUCACAGGCCAUCAUCUUCGACCUCAGGGUACCGGGAGGUUAGCACGCCCCUCCAGCCGCUAGACGCCCGCUCGCUGCUGGCCGCGAGACUGCUGCAGGAGUGCGCGCAGCCCCGGGCUCGCAGCGCUGUGUCGUCGACCCCUCCGAGCUCCCUGGACCUGGAGUGGGAGCACGACGUGUGUCUCCCCGUGCAAGCCAUGCACUUCGCGCCGCCGGCGGACGACUGCUCGGUCGCGACCGGCCGCGAUGGGGCGACGGCGACCGGCCCCAGCAGCGCCGCCUGGUCGCGCGUGUCCUCGCCCGACUCCCUGGAGUGGGACCCCGCGGAGGCGCCCCUGUGCGCCGCGGACCAGCUGGACCUGGAGACGGAGCAGCUGCUGGGCGAGAUAGAGCGGCUCACCUCCAGGGCGCUCCGCGAGACCGGCGACUGGACCAGCUGAUCUCGUGUCGGCGUUGUCGAGAGUUCAAGAAACUGCAUCUUGGGACUUCUUUGAAGAAGCCAGGUUGAAUGAGGCAUGUCUUUACAGGGAGCGUGAAGCGGAGUCUACGACUACACACCAAAUAUUGGAAGAAGAAAGUGCAUUAAUUCCAAGUAGAUAUAAAGAAGCUGUUUUCGUAAGGCUAAUAUAAUGUUAUUGGUUGUGAAAUUACAGUGUAAAGUAUAAAGUAGUUUAAAUUUGUUACAUUGAAAGAGAGUCUGGAUAAUUGUGUUGGUUCUUGGAUGGUAAAUUAUGGUUACAUAAUAAGGUUAGAAUCUGAGUUUAAUAUGCAAGUGUAUCACUGGUUUGAAGCUGCCUUGUAUAAUUUAUUCUUUACUUAUUGUUGCACAUGAUAAUCUUACUGUUUAACAGUCAUUAUUGCUAAUUUGGAGACAAGAAUUAAUAGUUUGGUUUUGAGGCCAAUUUUAUUUUUAAAACAGAAGAUUUUGGUGGUAUAUAUUUAUAGUUUUUCUUAUAGAUUCUAUUUGUUCAAUAAGAUUUUGUAUUAUUAAAUAAAUAAAACAAUAAUUUUAAAUACAGUAAAACUCUGGUAAAAUGUUUUUCAAGGAACUUAUUCAAAUAACUUAUCAGGGACAACUUCUUAAAUGGAAAAGGAAAAAUUUUUCUCCAUAUAGUUUGCCAUUUGUCAAUUUAUUCAUGUUUCGAUUUUUAUAGAUAAAAAAAAAGCUUAGUGCUACACUAAAUAUAUAUUAAGGAAAUGGGAGUGAUAAUUUACACUUGGAAUAUGAUUAGGUUGCAAUUAUAGAUUAUUCCACACCUAAACCCUAAUUUUUGUGUCUCAGAAUACCUGCCUUAGUGUUCAUAAAGUUUAGCUAGCCAUUGUCUUAAAAUAUUUAUAAAUGUUGUGGAUGCCCCAUACCUGUUUGAUGUUCCUCAAAUAAUUUUGUUGUAAUGCAAAAUAAAACUCAGUUACUACAUGUACACAGUCAUAUUUUCUGAGGACAUUUGAAGCUUUAGUUUGAAUAUUGGUUAUUUCAAGAAGCCUUGAAGUAAAAUCAAGCCGUUAUGGGUCAGAACUUUGAAAGAAAUUAAAGGGGAAAAAAGUUUAGUUACGUAAGUAAAUCAUGCAUGUUUUGUUAUGUUUUUAAGAACCAGUAAUCUUUUGAAUACUUGGUGCUCUGCAUAUAUUUAUAUUUAAAUCAUAUAUAUAAUAUCAAAUGUAUGUUAACACUGGAUAAGUUGUUUGUUGUGAAACGGUAAUUCCCUAAUCAUCUAUGCAUGGAUAGUAAAUAAUUAUUAUAGUUUUGGUGGUUCUAGUUGUACAAACACACAAAUUGAUCAUGUGACACACAUUUGUUUAAAUUUUAUGAAAACCAUGUCGUCACAGUGCUUGUUAACAUUUUCUGAAUGUUGAUAUGUGCCAUUAGAUUACAAGCAUUUACCGUAUAUACUCGUGUAUAGCGCGCCCUUUUUUCCCCUCAAGUAAGGGAAAAAAAUAAGGAUGCGCGCUAUACACGGAAAAAAAAAGGGGGGGUGUGGAAGGGAGGAGGAGUGGAAGUUGUUAACUGCCAGGUGAUUGUUGACGUUUCUGGCCAGCCCCCCACACAUACGCACAAGCAACAAGGCCUCUCUUUCACACACACACACACACACACACACACGCAACCUGGUCUCUCGCGCGCACGCACGCGCACACACACACACACACACACACGUGCGCGCGCAAGCUCGCACGUCUCUUGUUUAUUUUUAGACCUCCCCCUCUACACAAAGCCAACGCAGCUAGUAAAAUAAAAGAGAGAGAAAGAAUGUUGUCGCCAUUCCCCCUCCCACUUCUUUCGCUUCCUCGUCCCAGCUGCUACCGGUGAGUCAUCUAAUCCUCCGCGCGUCUCUGUUACUGCCUGCCUCCCUCCCUCCGCCCAAGUACCAGUUGUGACAAUACAGCGCUUCAUUAUCUUCCGUCUACACAGCAGAGUUUAAGUAUUUUCCUGACGCAUCACCACACAUCAAUUUAAAUUAUCAUUUGUUUCACACGUACAGGUACCACAAAAUGUUAGUAAAAUUUAUUUAUGGGGAAAAAAAAAUUUUUUCUUUGGAAUUUGUUGCAAAAAUCGUGGUGCGCGCUAUACACGAGGGCGCGCUAUACACGAGUAAAUACGGUAUCACAAAUGUACUGCAAAGAAAAUUUUUUUUUGUAGCUAUCAUUUUGGAAGUGAAACUUCUUUCCUUGUUUUUAAUACUAAUGCAGUUACCGUAUUUAAUCACAUAAUGUCCGCACAUUUCUUUUUAAAUACUUGAAAUGGAAUUUUUUUAAAUCCGCAUAAAGUCCGCACUAGACAAAGCAACCUUGGCCACCCCUGAAAGGCACAGAAACGGGAUGGAAAUUUACCGACAUUGUCAACAAUGCUUUGACCUUGAGUUGUUCAUUUCUCCGGAGUGGUCGCAGAGAGGGUUUGUAGUAUGGUGAAACUGUCCGAACUCAGAAACUCGCACUCUACUGCGCAGCUGCCUGCGACGUCCCGCGAGUUGCAAGGGGAUGGGCUAUAUAUAGCACAAGCCAGUACACGUCAACUCACACUACGUCACAAAGUAGGGGAGGUAGCGGAGAAGUGGUGGGGGUUCAUGUGCACGGUUUUUUUAUACACACAGUGGGCAGGGACAGGGAGGGAGGCUCGCAGGCACCGGCUAAUGCAGACAUUAGACAUCUGCCCCGUGCCGUCAGUGGCCAUCUCAAUGAAAGAUUAAAAAAAUAUCUUUUCACGCAAAGCGUUAAUUUUGUGUAGGCUGGCUGCGGCUUCUGAACAUAAGAGCGCACACGCGAGUGAGAGAAGAAAAAAAAUGAGUGGCGUCUUCCACUAAUCGCCAGCACCCAAUUACGUAUCUUGACACCUGUCACAUUUCUCACGUUCGCUGCGGAGGGUCGCCAGUUACCAGCGCUCUGCUAGUAAACUGAUUAUGAGAGAACAAUUUUUUUACUCUACACAAAAUGUAAAAUAUUGAGGAAAAAAAUUUUUUUUUUCGGACUUCACGUCAUAGUGUCCGCACCCCAUUUUUUUUUGUCAAAAAUGUAGCCAAAUUACUGCGGACAUUAUGAGAGUAAAUACGGUAACUUUUGUUGAUGUGGAAACAAUAACUUUUUAAAACGAAUUCUAUGGUUUACAUUCUGUUGAAUGCUGAAUGUUAAUUAUGUCAGCCUGCCAUAUAAAAUUUACAUACAUAACUCAGAGGAAUAUUACAAUCACAUAGAAAGUUUGAGGCGUGGAGAUUGCCGUCAGCACUUAUGCAUGAUCUUCAUUCGGAGCUAUUUUUGAAGGUGGUAGUUCUUAACCACUUGUAUCGUAGCAGUAGUCAAAAUCUUUCUUGUGAAGAUCCUGCAUGGGUAGGGACAUGAUUACAUGGUGAAUUGCGAUAAAACCGAAAUAACACCGGAAAGCACAUCGGAACACCGAAACGCAAGUGAAUACAUCAUUUAGCACUGAAGUAGUAUUUAAAAACUUAAUUCAAAUUUUAAAAAAAAAGUAAUAUUUUAAUAUUUGAAAUUCAGGGACUGUCUUUUCCGGACCAAAAUAGUACCAAAAUGCAAGGUUCAGAAAAAUUAAUUUAAUCUGUUUUAAUCUGCAUCUCAUAUUGAAUCAUUUGUAAACCACAUAUGAUCAUUUAUUUUUAAUGUUCUGUUUUAGACCAAUUUAUUACAAAUUAUUUUAUUGUAAAAAUAUAAAUUUUACCACUAUUUUUGUGGUGUAGGUAUAACAAAACAGCUUUUAUAAAAAUAAAAACAAUAACACAAAAAUCUUUUGCUUUAAAAACAAAAUUGGACUAAAAAUAAAACCUAAAAAUCUUGUCUCUAUGCAUGGGCAGACACUAGAGGUUUUUGUAGGUCACUUUUAAUUUGUGAAGUUUGAGGAAUCUGAAAGAAAGAUCUAAGUCAAACAAUUUAAAAAAAUAUUAUUUCCAUCUAAGUGUUGUCUGCCGAUCAACAAUAACUAUAUUGUUUAAAACAAAACACACAUGAUUGAUGAGAUGUUAUAAUCUUUAUUCUCCUCCUAGCAAGUUUGUGCUAUCACAUCUAAAGAAGUUUCACUUCAAAAAUUAACAGUGUGUGCACCAAUAAGACAACGUACACUUCGCCUUUAACCACUUCAGAUAAUGAGAAAUGUUAUAUGCUUUUAAUUAUAAUUAUUAGACCUGUGUGAUUAUCUGAUUUUAAGUUUGAAUUUUAAAAUGUAUACCAAAACAUUCUUCAAUAUAAAUAUUUAAAUUGAGUACACCCACCCCUCGAAGUAACACUAAUUCAUUUCAGGAAAACAGAGCGCUAAUCAGUUAUGUUUUAUUUUCCAUAAGUGUGCUCAUCAAUUAAAAUAAUUGAAUUGAUUCCCUAACCAUUAGAGUGUGUUUGUGGACUAUAAUUUCAUUUGUCACUGCUUCCAAAAAAAAAAUUAAUUUCAUGUCUAAAUACAUAAACAUUUGAAUUGCAUUUUAAAAAUAAACAUCCUAAAAAAAAUUAGUGGUCCUUGGGUGUAACAUUUCCUAACGAAGUAGGCACUAACAGCAUUUCCUGAGUUACAAAAUAUUCAUGUUAUUAACAUAAAUUAUCUGUUUCAAUAUCUAAUAAUGUUAAAGAAGCAUCAAUUUUACACUUUAAAUUAUAAGGGUUAGUUAACCUAUUAAUGUAAUUCUCGACUCUGUUUACUAAAUGCAUGUCUGCCAACUAUAACACUUGAAUCAUUAACCACAUGAUUUGUGUACCUCUAACACAUCCUGGUAUGCGCGAGUUGAACUUGCUCUGAGAGCUUCAAGCCUUUCUCACCAGAAAUGCUGCCGACUUGCUGAAUGGCGUAACUAACAUACUUGAACACAGAUGGGCUUUUGUGAUAUUUCUGUGUAAUAUAAAUCAAUGUAUAAUUUUUAAUGGGUUCAGGAAAUGAAGUAAACUGAUAUCAAUAAAAGGGUUAACUUUUUUUUCUGAUUCAUCGCAGUUAUUUGUGCAUUGUGUUCAAUGUUGCACAAGUGCUGUUGCCAUUGUGCGCACACAGAAGUUGAGAAAUUCACAUAGAAGGGUAGAGCACUGCUUUGAAUCUGUGAACAUGCUACUAAGCAUGUCCUAAUUCGUUGGCGUCAUUACUUCAAAACGUGCGAAUUCAGUGUUUGCUUAAAGAGGAGGGCGUAAUAAGAGUGAGGAAAGUUUCGAUGUAUAAAAUAAGUUUUUAUAACUGGAAAUCGUGUAUUAAAAAAACCUUGUGCGUGCUUUGAUGCAUUGAGAUUCAAUAUUUCACAUUUGGUAUUCCCUAGUGUGUGCAAACUUAUUUUUUAGGACCAGCCAGCACGAAGAACAUUUUCAGUAGCGAGUAGCCUGUUGCAAAAAUCUUUAAAUUGUAAUUUAUUUUGUUAGCCACACGUCUUCUUAACAUACAUACCACAGAAAAACAUACUUCAAUGUAAUGUUGUUGCAAAAAAAAAAGUAAACAUUUACCAAAUAUGUGUAUGAAAUCCAUUUUCAUGGACUUCUAAUGGAACUAUAGUCAAAUUAUUUAAAUAUACUAAAUUCACAUUAAGAAGUUACAACUCCUCCAUUUGAAACAAUACUAUUUAAUGGCAAAUACAAACUUUAAUUGUAACAAGAAAAAUUGUUCGAGCACAUACAUCAACAUUCGAACCGACGCCAUGAUGAUGCGUAACUGUCCGUUUAGUCCGAAGAUCGCAGCACUGUCCCAAGGUUCAACGGGUGGUGCAAGAAGGCACCAAGUCGCACAAUUAAAAAAAGUACACAGGAACCCUCAACAAAAAUCAUUUACAUAAAAUUGCACCUAGCUGUUAAUAAGCAAUUACAAUGAAGUCCAUUUUUGGUGCUUCAUUGCUAAAAAAUAAAUAAUAAUUUUUACUGUUAAAACACAAAGCAAUUUUGUUAGUGACAUGUUUUCCAAACAAAAUUUUACCAAAUUGGGAAUAUAUGAUGUCUCAUCACAACUACUUAUUUUCGUCACUUUUUUAUUUUUUUUAUUUAUUUAUUUAUUUAUUCAUUUCAUUCCGUAGACCCCUUACAAACUGCUGGAGUUCUGGGAUAUGGAACAUGUCAGUUUUAUAUACAUUAAAAAAUAACAUAUCUAAGAUCAGCGCUUACACAUAAACCCACAGCAAUACAUAAAUACAGUAAUCUAUGUACAAAAGAAUAACAAAAGUAUGUAUAGUAUUUGAUUAUAUAUUUAGACACCAUUUCACAUAUACAUUUAGCUUGAGACUUUAUUAUAUUUGACAGAUUUAUUAAUUUUUUAAUAGUGGAUCUUCUUAUUAUAUUAUACAAUAUCAAAUGUGAGAUAAAAGUUAUUGUGUUACAAGAAGUAGAAUAAAAUGUCAAACAGUUAGUAUGUGAGAAAUUCAUCCACUGUAUAGAAUGUCUGAGAUAAAAGAAAUAUUUUAAGGUUCUUCUGGAAUUUUUUAUUAUUUUGUUUGCUUAGCUCUUUCAGACUCUCAGGUAACUUAUUAAAUAGUUUUAUGCCUGAGAAAAUUGCACCCUUCUGACUUAGCUUGAGUCUGUUAAGUGGCAAGUGGAGGUCAUUUCUAUUUCUGGUAUUGUAUGUGUGCACAUCUGAGCUUUUUAAAAAGUAGUCAAAAUUCUUUACUACAAAUUUAAUUGUAGAAUAUAUAUAUUGUGAAGGAAAAGUAAGAAUGUUAAGUUUUUUGAAUAAUGGUCUGCAAGAGUCCAGUUUUUUUGCUCCCGUCAUAAUUCUGAUGACUCUCUUCUGUAUAAUGAAAAUGUGCUUGCUAUGGGAAGAUUGUGCCCAGAAAAUUAUACCAAAUGACAUUAUUGAAUGAAAGUAUGCAAAGUAUACUUGCUUAAGUGACUCUAGGUUCAUAUAAUGAGCCAAAGUACGUAAUGAAAAGCAGGCUGCAUUUAGUUUAGGUAUAAUGUUGUGUAUGUGUGUGUUCCCAUUCAAACAACUAUCUAAAUGAAGACCUAAGAAUUUGGUAUUCAUGCAUCCCUUUAUGACUGUAACUCCGUAAUUAACUUGCAAGUCAUUAUUCUGCACGUAGCUUGUGUUAAAUUUAAGAAAUGCUGUUUUUUCUAGAUUUAAUGUUAAUUUGUUUGCUUCGAACCAUAUUUUUAAGUUGCGAAGCGUUUCAUGUAUAUUGUUAGUUAGAGUCUGAUGGUUAGCUUGAGUGAAAAGUAUGCUGGUAUCAUCAGCAAAGAGAACUGCAUUAGCUUUAUCAGCUAUAUAACAAGGCAAGUCAUUUAUAUACAAGAUAAAAAGCAAUGGACCAAGAAUAGACCCUUGUGGGACACCACAUUUGUUUACACCUACUUCCGAGAAUAUUUCACCGUUGUCUUGAUCCGUUAUGGCUACUUGUUGAUAUCGUUGAGUUAGAUAGGAUGUGAACCAUUGUAAUUCAGUGCCUUGAAUACCAUAAUGAUACAGUUUGUCUAGAAGUAUCUUGUGGUCCACACAGUCGAAAGCUUUGGUUAAGUCGCAAAAAAGACCCACAGCCUUCUCUCUCUUAUCUAGGGAUUUUAGUACUAUUGAUGUUAAUUUAAACGCUGCGUCAUCAAUGGAUUUACCACUGCGAAAUCCAUACUGAUCUUUAGUCAAUAGGUUAUUUGACUCAAGGUAUUUAGACAGUCUUUUAUGUACUAAUUUCUCCAUUAUCUUAGCAAAUGUUGAUAUAAGUGAAAUGGGUCUGUAGUUUGACAUUAAAUUCGCAUCAUUCUUUUUAUGGAGAGGUUUAACAAUGGUAAAUUUUAAUCGUUCUGGAAAGAUACCUGUUGAAAAUGAUUUAUUAAAUAUGUUACUAAGAGGGGUACUGAUCUUGUUGAUACAUUUCUUGAGUAGUACACUUGAUAUUUGAUCAUAGCCUGUAGAAGUUUUAGGAGCUAAAGAGUGUACAAUUUCACAAAUUUCUGUAGGUGUUGUGGGGGUAAAUACAAAAUUACACGUUUUUCUAGGCAGAGUUUGCUGCAUAAGUUUUAUGGGGUUAUUUUUUGUCGACAGAUUUUUGAAUAGCAUAUCAACUAUUUCUAAGAAGUAGGUGUUAAAAGCAUUUGCUACAUUUGUUGCUUCUACUAACGAUUUCCCAUUUACUAUUACAGUAAUAGGGUAGUUUGACUUAGGCUUGUUACUUUUACCAGUCAUAUGUUUAAUUAUAUCCCAAGUAGUUUUAGCCUUGUUUUUUGAUUUUGAUACUAAAUUUUGAAGGUGGAACUGCUUAGCUUUAUCAAUGACUCUGCUUAGUAUUUUGCUAUAAUUCUUAUAGUAAGAUUUGAGUACAGCGUCAUUUGACGUCCUGCAAAGCAAAUACAGCUCUCUUUUCCUUUUACACGACGUUUUUAUGCCUUAGGUUAACCACAGAUUUUGAUAUCCCUCCCUCACCUGAACUAAUUUUGGAGGGAAAUUUGCUUCAAAAAGCCUUAAGAAGGUUGAGUGAAAUAAAUUAAACUGUAAAUUUGUAUCAUUAUCAGUGGAUGUAUUAAUCCAGUUUUCCUUUUUUAAAUCAGCUAUAAAAUGUAUUACUGAUAUGUUAUCUAUUGCCCUUAUUUUUUUAAGUUUGUUUUGUUUAUUCCUUUUUUCCAUUGUAAGUUCAAUAUUGUGCAGCUGUAUAACCUGAGCAUCAUGAUCAGAUAACGCAUUUAUCAGUGGAAUAACAAUAUAUUUAUCCAAAUUUUGUUUUUCAAUAAAUAUAUUGUCAAUUAUAGUAGCAGAAGUUGAUUGUAUUCUGGUGGCAAACUGAACAGUGGGAGUAAGAUUAAAGGAUCCUAAUAAGGAGUUUAAACGUUGUUUAUAAUGACUGUCUUCUAAAUAGUUUAUAUUAAAAUCCCCACAAAUAAUAGUUUCAAUAUUUGUCCUGAUCUUUUUUAAUAACAGCAGUUCUAAUUGCUUUAAAAAUAUCUCAAAUAUUCCUGUUGGGGAUCUGUAAACAGAAAUUAUCAGAACUCUCUUGGAAAGUAAUUUCACUAAGGCUACAGUACAUUCAAAAUCUUUUUCAGCACAAUAUUUAUCAACAUUAACAGUUUCGGUUUUGAUGUUGUCUUGUAUAAAGAUACAUACUCCGCCUCCCGAGAAUUUAUUCCUACAAUAGUGUGACACCAGUUUAAAUCCUGGAAUUCUAAUUUGUGGAACUUGAAUAGACUUUAGAUGGUGUUCAGAUAGACAUACUAUAUUAACCUUAGUCUUAUUUUCUACCUCAAACAUGUCUAAGGCUUCAAUAAACAAGUCAACUUUAUUUACAAUACUUCAAAUGUUUUGAUGGAAAAUAGUGAGAUGACUUUCAGGGGUCAGUCUGUUGUAGAUCUGGCAUUGACUGGUUUCAUUUGUACAUAUUCCCGGCCUAAAAAAUGUUUACUAUUUUCAUUUGACUUCUUUCUUAUCACCCACUUAUCGAGUAAGGUAGCCCUACAGGUUAUUUUUUCUUUAUCUAACACAUCGUUGUUAUUCUCCCUUAUUACCCAUCUAUCUAAAAAGGUACACUGUUUGACAUGUACUUUAUUUUGUAUACUGCACAACUGAUUGUAGAUCAAUGAUGCAAUGUGUUGUUUUCCUCUGUUGUUUAGAUGCUGACCAUGCCUAGUAUGAAGUGCUCUAUCUAAUUUACUUAUAUCAACAUAUUUUACAUUGUUGAACUGCAUGCAUAAGUUUUGAAUAUUUGUAUUUGUAACACUAAUAGCAGCAUUUACACAAGAUGAGCUAUCUAAAUCAUAUCUAAUGGGAAGACUCACUACAACUAUAGUUUUGUUGCUCAAGGCUUUGAGUGACUCACUGAGGGUAUGAACUGCUUCCAUGAUUAUAAAGUGUAAGUUUUAUGAUGCCCGUUGAAAGUUUAUUUUCUGUCUUAUUACAACAUUACAAGCUGAAUACUUUUUGGAGAUAAAAAUUUGUUUUAUAGAAGUCUUGGGUGCAAAAUUACACCACAAAAGAGCACAGACCUAGUAAUUAUUGUUUAUUAGUACAAAACUGGUUUUAUUUAUUUUUUGCACAGUGUAAUGACAAUAGUUUUGUAUAGCAUUGAUUAAAAUAAGUGUACAGAUAUUUCUUGUAUGAUAAUAGUACAGAUAUUAAGAGACCAGACAAAAAAACAACAAAAAUGCAAAGUUUUGGUUUUUUUCCCUCUAUCUUAAGAGCUGUACCAUUCCAUAUAUAUUUUAGUGCCACAUUUAUGUCUUUUAUUUUUGAUUCAUUUAUACAGGUAUUUAAAUUGUAUCUCAGUGAUUUCUUGAUUUUGUCUCAUUAAUAUUUUAAGUUAGUACCAAAAAUAUCAAAUAUUGUUAGUUAAAUUGCUGUAGUUAACAUGUAUAUUUUCUUCCAGUCAGAUUAGAAAGUACUUCUAUGAGAGAGAAUAUUGUGAGAGUAUCAACUAGGAUUUAAGUGAUAUAAAAAUAUUUUUCAAUAUGUUUUACCACAAAUCAUUUGUACAUCUUACUUCAUUAUCCUGGAUAUUCAGGGUAUACUGUAGGCUACUUACGUACAUUUAUAAGAGUAGUGAUACUUUAUAGAGGCCUUAAACAGUUAUCUUUAAUUUUUUUUUAAAUCUCAUUUAAUGUAAAUAUUUGCAUGCCUAUCAGUAUGUUCCACACAAAUGUUGGCUUACUCAUUCAAAUCUAUUAUGGUCGUGUUGAAAAUCAAAUAGCAGCAAGCAUUUUUAUUGGAAAUAAUUUGGACUUUUCAGAUAAUGUAAAUCUUUGAUGUGAAUUGCGUGGAGGGGGAUGGGGUUGCCAUAAUUACAUCUCCCUUUGAUGUUUACUUAGCCUACCAUAAAUAAAUGUUUGCAUUAAUAAACUGCACUACUGCUCUUUCUUUAUCGGAGAUUUGAGAGGUUCUUUCUUGAAAAUGUAGGUUUUCAAUCUUCCAGAAUUGUUUCAAAUUUUUCACAUUAACACAAAAUUCUAAAAACACUACUACGUAGUUUGUACUGAAGUACCAGCUUCUUUUGUAUGGCAGUAUGUGAUGGUUUUUACGAUGCUGUUUAGUGGCGUUCACAGCCUGAUGGGUAGUGAUACUUAAUGCUGCUGUUGCACAAAUGAGGAUGGGAAGCUGACAAGGUGGUGGUGAUUGGAGAGUUUUAGGUUAAAUGGGGAAGCUUGAAUUUUUGAUGAUAAUAGCAAGUUAAAAGGUUAUUUUAACGCAUUUCUGUGGUUUUAUCUGAUUAAAACCUUUUAAAAAUUAUACACAACUCAGUAGUACUACAAAUGUCAGAAAAUUAAUUUUUACGAAAAAAUUGGACUGACUUAAGAGGUUAAGAGUUGCCUGGAUUAGAUUAAUUUUUAUCCAGUUUUUAAAAAAAAAAUAUUAAUAGAUGCCAUUGUUGCUUUUCCCAUAGGCCCACUAUUUUUUCUCUUUGUAUCCACAUGUUGGAGUUCUGUAUCUGCCUUACGUUAUUUUGUGUCAUGGUUCUUAUUCCUGUGCUGUAGAAUUUAAAAGCCAGUUAGUCAAAACUGAUCAUCCUCCUUUUGUUCAUAAAACAGAUGGUUGACAAGUUUCAGCUGUCAUGCGUCUUAAGUCAAGGUGCAAAUUUUUUUUCCAAUUUUCAUUACUGAAAAACUGGAAACAAGUUUUUCACACAUUUUAUAGUGGUGUCUAUUGACACACUUCAUAUUUUGUAACUAGUCUGUUCACUACUAACCAGUAAAAACUGCUACCAUCUCAACUUUUUUUUAUUGAAUUUAUGGUAGUAGAAUAAUAUAUGAAACCUAAUUUUAAUUUGUAUAGUUUUCCUUAAAACAGUUGCAGACCUAUGGGAGGGCAAUACCCCCCCCCCCCCACCUAGAAAUAAACAAAACUGCAGUGAUAACCAUAAAUAAUUAUCUACUACCUUGACCUUUGAAGUCAGUUCAUUGUAAAAAUGUUUUUACAUUUUUUUUAUGCUAUUCUUCUGUCGACAUGACAGAAAUGCAAUAAAGUAGCCUUUUAAAGAGGCAAUUAUUUUAUAGAAUUUUGGACUCCAUUUAUCAGAAUAGUAUUCAGUACCACUUUACAUCCUUUGGUCAUCUGCCCCGACCAAGUUCCAAGUUGGAUCCACCACUGUUCUGUAGCUAAACAGCAUGUAAGUUCUUGUGUUUAGAAGGCAGUGCAGGGGUUAUGAAUUAAUUGUGGCACAAAAACUGAUGUAGCUAAGGUGACUUGCAGGACUUUCCUUAAAGCUUUCAUUGUCUGUUUUACCUGGUAAACUUUUAUACAGGUGUUAACAUUUUUAGUUGGUUCACCGUUGAGAAAAGUAUGGAGUAACAAUUGUGUUUUUUUUUUCUUUCUAAUUAGCUAUAUGAAAGAUGAUUUGUCUUCUCUAUAUGUGAUAAGUUUAAGUUUAAUACUAAAAUUAUUUGUAAUGAAAUGUUAAUGCAGUUGAAAUUUCAGUUUGAAUGCUUUUGUGCAGGUUUUUUGCUAAUUGUAUUGAUUUCAACGACAUUUUUUGUCCCUCGUCCACCCUUAAAUUUUCACGUCGUAAUGCAGCACAAUUGGUGGUUUCUGUAGGUUUGAGUGAAUAUAGACACACGAACAUAGUACGCACUGUGCCAAGACAGACAUCACAGAGUAGGGGAAAAAUUUUUUAGAAUGUUUAUGUGUGACUUCCAAGCCCAAGUAGGAGAAAUAAAGGUUAGUGCAGUGAAAGUUUUUCAAUCCAACAAGCCAUACCAGGUUGGUGAUCGUCAAUAUAGUUUUAACUGGAAAUAUCAAUGAAAAAAUUAACAUACAGUACAAUGGUAUCUAAAACAAGUUGUGAGAUGCUGCUUUAUAGAAAGAACAAAAAAUUCAGAUAAGAGUUGGUCUUCACUGUACCAAAAUGAUAAUCCAAGUAGACUAAAAACGCAGGCAGCACAAUAAUGGGACUUGGCGGCCAAAGUGAAUAGCGGGAACCCACCCAGCUCGUUUAAUGCAAAAUUAUUAGGACUGUGCUAAUAUUUAAAUUUUUGAAUAUGAAUAUGAAGAAUAAAACUAUUUGAUUUGACCUAGAAUAUUAACAACUAUAUUUACUUAUUUAGUUGCUUACGAAUACAUAUUUCUUACAUUGUAAGCUUAUUUUGUACCAACGUUGACUGUUGAGGUUAAGUCAUUUGUGCAUUAUAAAUAUCCUAUUUUCAUGUUUUAAUAGGGUUUUAUAAAAAAAAUAUUAAUAACUGACAUUUUAAACAUGCAACAACUAUUCAAAGGUUUUUUUUACCAUGGCUGUCUCAAUUAACAGUAACAGAAACAUCGCACAAAUGAUUCAAAACCCAGCAUAUCUGUGAUUUCAAACUUGAAAACAAAAUUUUUUUAUUCAUUUCAUCACAUGCACCAUGAGUAGGCAUAAUUAGGAAAAAUAACUGUCAACAACCAUGGAAUACAACACCACUGAACACUGACACUCCAUUGCGAUGACCAUUAAAAGAAAUAGGUAACAGACAUAAAUUCAAAGUACUAGAAUAAAUUGAGUCACAAUCGAUCCAACACCAUGGAACAUAGUUUAUCAGCUUACUGGCUGUGUAUAUCUAUGACAAAACUGAUGUUGCAACUCAAAAAAUAAUAACAAAAAGUACAUGAUUUUAGGAUCUCAGAUGAAAUAGGCAGAAAUUGUGUUUAUAAUAUUGCUGAACUAAAAUACAGUUUGUUUACCUGGUUGCAGUUAACUACGAAAACGCUUGAAUAACUAGAUUUUAAAUAUGUAAAUACUAGCUCAUCUAAUCAUGAAUCUGGGAGUACAGCAUCAAAAAAAGAUUAACUUUUUUUGUGAAAUUAAUUGCAUUGGAUUUCACUGUACGUAUUUUGCGGUUUGCAAAAGUUUUCUGGAUCAAUAUGUAAAGUAGCAGGUACUGGAAAAUAAGGUGAAAAGGAAGUAAAAUGAAAGGAUGGUUGUCAGGUGAGGUUAAUUGAGGUUAGUUGCGUAAUCAAAAAAUCACUUUAUUAUUAUUUGUCUAAUUUCCCUAUGUAUAUGAAUCUGAAAAUGAUGUGAAAAUUUUUUUCUUCAUGAUAUUCUAAUUUUCAUUCUUAUUAUUCGAAUUCAAUUUUUGUAUUUGAGAAUAAUUUUACAUUCAUAUUUGAUUCAAACUAAUAAAACUUGAUAUUUGCACGGGUCUAAAAAUUAUAAAAUGUGCUGAACCAUAAAAUACUGGAUUAAAGAACUUUCACUGUAGAUUUGUUUAGGUGAUAACAUGCAUUCCCCAAUAAGAUUAAUUAAAAUGGGAUUUUGCACAGUGUUUCAAUGAACACAAAAAUUAUUUUUAAAAACUUUUUUUUUUCCAGAGAUUUUUAAUGAUGAAACUAGUUUUCAGUUUGGUACCUAGAGAUUAUAUUUGUCACAAGUUAUUAAGUAAAAGAAGUGACGUGUAACUAUUAACACUUUAGACAAAUAAUUUACUGUGUGCUUUUUUUCUACAGAAGUGAUUAUAAAAUGUGUUAGGCUAUUAUAUUUGUGAUACAUACUAGUUAAAAUACAAAUGUGUGAUAAUCCUGUGUAACUAUUAAAACAUUUAAAAUGAGGCUUUGUGGAAAAUUGUGAAAUAUAAGUUUAGAGCUAUCUACUCAUUGCCCUUCGAUACUUAACAGCUCAAGCUGAUAUUAAGAAUGUUUGAAGAAAAUAAUACAGUUUUUUUAAAAGAGAAUGUUGAUAUGAUCAUAUCAUGUAUGUUGAUGGUUUUGCUCUUGGGGUGAAUAUGUGGAAAACAUUUGUAUUGUAGAAAUAUUUGGUGGAUUGUCUGUAAAACUUACUAGAAAAAUUUAAGAAGUGUCUAUGAAUGAUUGUUAAGAGCAUUAAAUACCCUAUGAUUGUUCUGACAGAGUGCACAAUUUUAAUAGCUGUUGGGACCAAAAGUCUUUACAGAGUUUAUAGUGGUAAGGUGCUUUAUAACCAGUGUACUCGUGCCAGCUGUGAACGCCUUCAUAUCAGCAGCUUAACUGAGAUGGUACGUGCUAUGAACUUGAUGUGUGUGGAUACGUAGUGUUAGUUACAAUACUCAAACUGAAAAUAAAGAUGUAUGGUUAGUAUAAACAUGUUUGCUUGCUUGUCAGCAUUUUCCUCUGAGAGCCAGGUUCUUGAACUGUGAUCAAAGAAAUGGGUGGAAAAAAAAAAAAAAUUUGUUUGCAAUUUUGAAUGUAUUGACACCUUUUUAACAUUAAAAGGAUGAUGGAAGGUAAAAAUUUAGUAUGUUCAUUAUUACAGUGAUAAAAUUGGAAAGUGGGGGAAAAAAAAAGGCUAACUUGCAUUCUGCUGCCUCUCAAUUUAUAGUUGCAUAUAAAAUUUAGACUGCCCAAUGAAAACAUGUGUAAUUUUAUUUUUUACUUGUAAGAAUUGUUUAUUUAAAAUUCCAGAGACUGGUUUAUCUGCUACUAGUGGGAGUUACCCUUGCUUCAGCUCUUAUCAAACAGGUAUGGGAAGUCCCUUUGAAGAUCCAGUACAUUCUCAAACCACCUGGGGAAUUCUGUAACAUUCUUGAACCUUCUAGGGAAUUCUAGACAAUUAUCAAUCUGGUUAAUUCUAGAAUCUGCUGGAAGAUUUGACAACAUUCUAUUUCCAGCUGUCUCCAUAAGAAGUCCCCCGUUAUCUUCAUACCCACCCCCUGCAGUUUAAAAAGAAAACUUUAUUGGGGGGGGGGGGGGGGGGGGGGUAAAA